UUAGACUUCCGCCUGGCUCUUAUUCAGCUUCAUGUAUCUGCUGUUAAAUCAGAAAACCUUCAACGAGCCUGUGGACUGGUGAGAGAAGCAUCAGCUAAAGGAGCAAAAGUUGUGGCUUUACCUGAGUGCUUUAAUUCUCCAUAUGGAACGCAAUACUUUAAGGAGUAUGCAGAGAAGAUCCCUGGGGAAUCGACACAAAAGCUGUCAGAAGUUGCAAAGGAGUGCAGCAUAUAUCUCAUUGGAGGAUCCAUUCCAGAAGAGGAUGAUGGAAAGCUGUACAAUACAUGUGCUGUUUUUGGGCCUGAUGGUGCUAUAUUGGCAAAGCAUAGGAAGGUUCAUUUGUUUGACAUUAAUAUUCCUGGGAAGAUACAGUUCAAAGAGUCUGAAACACUGAGUCCAGGGAAUAGUUUCUCCAUGUUUGAUACUCCAUACUGUAAAGUGGGCCUGGGCAUCUGCUACGAUCUCAGAUUUGCGGAGAUGGCUCAAGUCUACGGCCAGAAAGGCUGCCAUCUGCUGAUCUAUCCAGGGGCUUUUAACCUGACAACAGGACCAGCUCAUUGGGAACUGCUGCAGAGGGGACGAGCUCUUGAUAAUCAAGUCUACGUAGCGACCAUAUCUCCUGCUAGAGAUGAAAAAGCAUCCUAUGUUGCCUGGGGACACAGCACUGUAGUAAAUCCAUGGGGUGAAGUCAUAGCCAAAGCUGGGGCAGAGGAAACAGUUAUAUACACAGACAUAGAUCUGCAGAAGCUUGCAGAAAUACGUCGUCAAAUUCCUAUUUUAAGCCAGAAGCGUUGUGAUCUCUAUGGCAUAGAGAUGAAAAAGUGAAGUGGGUGAAGAGGCUGCUGCUCUUAUCUUCAGAAGGAUUCCCUUAUUAGUUGCUGCUAAAGGUGCCAGUUAAUU